AUAGUCAAAUCAGAAUCAAGUGAAACUUUAUCAAGUGAUAUUGGUAUACAUUAUACGAUUUGAUACAAAGUUGAACAUGAUCAGACUAAUUUGUUUGAUUCUUGUUAACUCAAUUCUCCAAUGUUCGGGAAAAACUAUUUCUCUAAAUUCCAGUGAUUGGAACCUACGAGAUGAAAAUGAACAAUAUGUGAUGAACGGUGUUACUGUUCCUGGUGGAUUGUACACAGAGCUUGUUGGUCAUGGAAUCAUUUCUGACCCAAACUAUGGUUAUGAUGAUUACAAUCAACGUUAUUACUCAAAGAGGAUGUGGACAUGGAGAAGAAAUUUCGACUUCAACGGGGAUGAUCUUAAAUCUUCUAAUGAAAUUUACAUCGUUGCUCAUGGAAUCGACACUGUUUCAAGGGUUUACAUUAAUGAUCAAAUUGUUGGUCAGACAAACAAUAUGUACAGACGAUACCGAUUCAAGAUUAAUGACCAACUAAAGGCUGGCUCAAACAGUAUCAAGAUUGAGAUUUUGGAUCCUUAUGCUUAUGCUCAGCAACAAUACAAUAAAUUCAAGGGUCAAUAUGGUUACGAUAUGGUUCCUCAAUGUUUCCCUGAUGGUUCAGAAUAUGGUGAAUGCCAUGCUAGCUUCAUCCGUAAGAUGAUGUGGGGAUGGGGACCUGCUUUCCGUACCAGUGGCAUUUACUUACCAGUUGAAAUUGAAAUUAUUGAGGCUAAAAACACAUUGGAGAACUUCUGGACCACAAUUACACCAUUAGAUGAUAAAAAAUGGUCCAUUGACUUGAAUCUAGCUUUAGCUCGACCAGAAUCGGGUAAACAAGUCAAUGUUGAAGUUACCCUUUCAACUAAUGAUCCUAAUUAUGAGCGAGAGUUCUCUAUUUACAGUGGAUCUAUCAAUACUGAUUCAUCUGUCAGCACUUAUCGUAUUUCUGGUAUUCCUGUUGAAAAAUCUCGAGUUGGUUAUUGGUGGCCAAACGGAGCUACAUAUGUACAAAACAAUCAAAUUGUAGCUCGACCUCGCACCUUAUACAAUGUUAAAGUAACUAUCAAGUCUUCAGAUGGAUCAAACCAACAAUCGAUGGUCAAGAGAACUGGAUUCAGAGAGAUUAAAUUGAUUCAAGAAACACCCAAACGAUGGGGAAAUGAUUACAAGGGACUUUCGUUCCGUUUCGAAGUUAAUGGUGAACCUUUCUAUAUCAAGGGAUCUAACUUUUACCCAACAUCAGUCCACACUGAGAAUGAAAACCGAGACAAGGAUUACGUUAGAAAGACUUUACAAGCCGCUGUCGACUCUCAACAAAACAUGCUUCGUAUCUGGGGUGGUGGAAUCUAUCAAACUGAUUACUUUUACGAUUUAGCUGACGAAAUGGGUCUUCUUAUAUGGCAAGAUUUCAUGUUUGUCUGUGCUACUUAUCCUACUGAUCCAGAGUUCUUGGAAAAUGUUAAGGUUGAAGUUGAACAACAAGUAACCAGAUUGGCUCACCAUCCAAGUAUUGCUAUUUGGUCUGGAAGCAACGAAAAUGAAUUGGCCAUUGGUACUCAUUGGUGGUGGCCCAGAUUAGAAGAUAAAUACUCAACCUAUGUUGAAGACUUCAAGAAGUUGUACACAGAAACCAUCAAAACAACCGUCUUUAAAUACGACAACACUCGUCCAUAUGUUGUUUCAAGUCCUUCAAACGGAGCUUUCACUGAACAAAAUGGAGGCUUUUCAAGCAACGCUGAUGAUCACUUCUAUGGUGACAUUCACUUCUAUUACCAUGAAGCUGAUGCUUGGGAUCAAAAGAACUACCCUGCAGCUCGAUUCAUCUCAGAAUUUGGUUUUGAAUCAUUACCUUCUUAUGAAUCAUAUGCAACAUCAGUUCCUGAAUCAGAACUUGUCUAUCCUUUCAGUGGAUGGUUAGAGCACCGAGCUAGUGGUGACCGUCUUAAGGAAAUUGAAAAAAUGGUUGACUAUUAUUUCGGAAAGCCAACUGAGACUGGUAAAAAUGGUUAUCUCAAGAUGACUUAUUUGUCUCAACUUCUUCAAGCCGUUGCUAAUAAACGAGAAAUGGAAUUUUUCCUCCGAAAUCGUGAAGUUAAUCCAAAUGAUGGAUCCGGUCUAACCUGGGGUGCAAUGUAUUGGAUCUUCAAUGAUAUUUGGGUCGCUUCUGGUUGGUCAACCAUUGAAUUCGGAACUGCAAAAUGGAAAAUGGCUCAAUAUUAUCUCCGAGAUUCUUACAAACCAGUUUUUGGUCAACUUUAUGUAGAGAAUGAUCAAUUCCAGGUUGUUAUCAACAACGAUGUUUCUGGUAAAGUUAAUGUUGCCAUUACUAUCGAUGUGCAUCAACUUGAUUCAUUCAAUAAACAAACGAUUGGAGACCAAACUAAUGAAGUUGAGAGUUUCGCAGCUACCAUGGUUUAUGGUAAAAAAUUGAGUGAAGCUGUUACCUCUGAUUUUAAAAACUGUAUUGUCAAACUUAAGUACAGUACUGUUCAAUCAUCAUCAAUUGAUGUCAAUUCUGGUGAAAAUUUCCUUCUUUUGGCUAAACCUAAAGAAUUGAACUUGAAACGAAGUAACAUUAGCAUCAAUUGGGUUUCAAAAGACGACAGUGAUUAUGCCAAGAAAGCACUCAAAAAUUACUCGAAUGUUUAUAAAAUCAAUUUAUCCACUGAUUAUCCAGCUCUAUUUGUUUGGCUUGACUUCAAGGUAGGAUCUGGAAUGGACGGAGUCUUUUCAACUAAUGGUUUCAACAUGCUUGAAUCUUCCAAAGAAGUAUUCUUCGGAACAAACAAACAAGUCUCAACUGAUGAUAUUAAAAAUUCAUUAACUGUCACUCAUCUUAAAGAAAACAUGAAUUAAUCUGUAAUUGUAUUACUUGAUUAAGAAGCAUCAAAUAAAUAAAUAUUAAUACAUGAUAUAAUAAUCAUUCUAAUGCUCCAA